AUGUCACAACCUGAGGUGCCAAAAUUGACUCGAAAGGGAACAAAGAGCUGUAGCGAGUGUAGGCGGCGGAAGAUUCGUUGUAUUCGAAAGUCCGAAGACGCGGAGUCUUGUCGAAGCUGUGAAGAUCGAGGCUUGAAAUGUGUCGCCCAAGUAUACACUUCUAGGCCGGUUCACGAACAGAGACUACCGUCGCGCCAUCGGAUUGCUCUGCUGGAGUCUGAGGUUGCCAGUCUGCGCAAUGCUGUGCGUGAAAUCCAAUCAAACCUGGGUUACAAGGUGGCAGACCCCGCAGGGCCCGCUUCUAUUCAACCUCUUAGCAGCCCUGGAGACGAAGGCUCUGACGAUGAGUCCAAUGUUUCCGACGUCUUUGCGACGGAGCAACCAUCGCAUCUCCGAUCCCUAUUCCAGAAUGACUGGUUGAGUGGCGACUUUGGCCGGCAAGAUCAGCAACUGCAGGAACGCAAAGCCAAGGCAUCGGCGCAUCUUUUGAAUACGGCCAGGCAGGCACUACAACAGCUAAUCCCACGACGAGAGGACGUUCUGGACAUGGGUAGGACGGCCUCAAAAUGGAUUGAUCUGGUUCAAGCCCUGCUUCCCCACCCAUUUGCGGUGAGAUCUCAGCAAGAACUAGUAGAAAGCUAUGAAAACAUGUGCGCACCCGAUGCUGAUGCCAUGAACUUGGCUGCAUGGCUGCUUGAUCUUGCUGUCACGGCCCAGCAAAACACACAAGACCAGGGCAGUCCCGCGACGUCGCUCAAAAGGUUUCACCGAAUCUCGGAUUUCUCUCGAGCAAUAUCUGACACCGUGGAGGGUACGCUGAUAUCUCACGACCGGCUGAUGGGAACAAUACAGGGGCUGGGAAUGGCCAUGCAUUUCCUUCGACUCCAGAUAAGUCAAGGGAAUUUCCAGAAAGCAUGGAUUCGCAUGCGACAUUUUGUAGCAAUGGCAGAGCUCCUGGGGCUGCCAAAAGCAUCUCAAGUCACCCAGCAUAACGGUAUCGCUGGAGCACCAGAUCAGUUACAGGCACAGAAAAUCCAACUCUGGGAAUUCAUGUGCUCUGCGGAGAGAUUAUUGUGCAUGAUUAUCAAUCGCCCACCUGCUACUAGGCGGUUCGAACAAACAAAUACUCGAGCGCUAACAUUCAACGGUGUCGUCCAAGCCUCGGUAUACCUUAACAAGUUGACGGAUAUCACGGGCAGAUUCCAUACCCUCGAUGACCUCGGCGCUGUCCACGGAUCUGGCGCUCAAGCGUAUGCGUACGCUCUGGAGCUUGACCGAGAGCUGCGGGUCCUUGCUUCUCAGACCUCUAAGUCUUGGUGGGAACAGGACCUUGUGCAUGUCAAACCGGAAAAUCUUUGCCAACUUUUGCACCAUUAUUUCCUGAUGAGGGUUCAUUUGCCCUUUACCAUGCGCCAAGACCCAGCAGAGGGAAAUAUGUACAGCCGCUUGACUUGUAUGGAGGCCUGUGAAGCGGUUGCGCAACGCUAUCAGCCUCUGCGCCGAAUGCUUCCAUCUGGCAUUUUUCUUUCUCCAAUCAUGGAUCUGCAGGCCUUUACGGCAACCAUUGUCCUCCUCCUCACAUCCCACAGCGGACCCUCCAGCAAUCGUCUUGACUCAGAGGCGAACAAGGUCAGAGUGCAGGGCAUAGCAGCGCAAGUGCUCCAGGUCAUGGAGGAGAAGUCUCGUGAUACAACCAAUUCCAACUUUGCGCGGCUCGGCGCUCUCACCAUUCGUUCUCUCAAUGCUCUACUUCAGCAAAAUAACGAUGCUGCAGAUUCGCGUCAACUCAAUUUAAAGGUUCCUCUGCUCGGAAAUGUCAACGUUCGCCGCAACGUCGACCCUUCACACGCCCCAGCCCCAACGAACCAGCCGCCUUUCCAAGUCCAAUCAGAUACAGGCCUAUGGAGAUCGCACGAGCAGAUUGUCCACCAACAGCCUAGUAGCAUAUCUGCGAGUACGGGGCCUCACCUAGCUUUAGUGCAGACACCGGCGGAGUGGGAUUGGAAUCCUCUCUCAUGGUCAUUCGACACCCAUGACAAUUUCUUACAGGAUGCGUUCAUGGCGGACACGUUUGACCAGGCUGGCAUGUGGCAGACCAAUUACGAUAGCUUCCAAUUAAACACCUAG